UGGGUUGUGUUAAAGUCGUUGGGAAACGUAUAAGGUUCUGGCACGCGUGUCUGCAGAGUGUUUGGCGCGCGCCAUGCAGUGCAAUAUGUUAGUGUUUCCAGUCAUUCCGGUAUUUAGAAGUCUGAAGUUCGCCUGAAGCGGUUUAAUGCUGUUUAAUAUGAAUGUGUUGUCUUUUCUGAUGUUUUUUUAAUAUAUAUAAUCUGCGACUUUCAGUAAACGUGUAGAGAUUUAUUAGCCAGCUAAAUGGCGGAACAGCAACAGUUACCGCUAGAUGUUUAUCAGCGCUGAAUUAUCUUUGUGUUGUUUAUCAUGCUAAAAAGCACUUCCUCCAUUAUUUCUAUUGCAGAUCUGCUAUCGUGAAGUAGCAGUAAAUGUGGACGAGGGAUUUCCUGAGGAGGUCAGCCUGCCUCUUCUUACAAGGGCUGCCUUAUGGACUUCAUCGUCAGGUCCUAAGAUACAUGAACUGUAUUCAGGUGCACAGCUCUCUGCUGCAGUAUCCUGGCUGGAGAUCUUCUUGGUGUCACCUCUAUGGAGAAUCCAAACCUACAGCGAUCUUUUCUAUUAAUCCCUGCAGAACAUUAAAAAGAGAUGCAAAGUCUUCGAUAGACGUUCCUGUCCACCCCAUCACAGUGACAGACAUCAAGCAGUAUCUGCGCUCCAAGGGAAUUUCCUUUCACGAUGGUUAUAGCUGCUUACAUGCUAGCAGUAUUUUUGUCGAGCCAAAAUCACAAGUCCCGGAAAAAGCUGGGAAAGACAGCUAUACAAUGUUCAUUGACAAAAUGACGGGGCAGUUUCUCUGUAAAGAGACUCUAGUAGAAGGAAGCUGGGAAGACCUGCAGGACUGUCUGGAGGUGAUGCAGAAAGAGGGACAUACCUCAAUCAGCCCAGAUGUUUUGUUGAGCUACUCCGAGACUGUGGAGGAACAGGGGCAGAGGGAGAUGGAACUGAAAGAGGUGCACAGGAUUUGGAGCAGUGCCAUGAUGUUCUCAGAUCUACACGAAGAGGAAUUGCAGCUCAUCAAAACAAUGUUCCAGAUCACUAAGCUCAACACCACAACUCUGAAGAGGUUUGAGGUGAGAUUUUUUAAGCCAACUAAAAGUCUUGUGUUUCCCUGGUUUAAUGGACGAGACUUUAGCCUCCGAGGCAUAAAACUGCUGUCUGCUGCCACCAAAGAUGAUGGCCAAGUGGUGUAUACGGAAGCUAGUAUUCCCAAAUUAUCCAAUUACUACAACCUUUUUGGCCUUCCACUAGUAGGACGGAAGGAAACGGAGAUGGUACUCACGGGAAGUGAGAUUGACAGUAUGGCGGUGAGUCAGGCCACUGGCCUGCCUGCUUUGGCCUUGCCACGGGGGGUCAGUUGUCUGCCCCCGGUACUUCUUCCUUACCUAGAGCAGUUCAGGAAGGUCACACUGUGGCUGGGUGGGGACAUGCGUGCUUGGGAGGCUUCAAAAAUCUUCUCAAAGAAACUAGGAUUGAAGCGCUGUUCUCUUGUGCGCCCGGGGGAAUUUCAGCCAUGUCCUAAUGAGGCGCUGGUGCAAGGCAGGAACCUUGCGCGUAUUGUAAAGGCCUCCAUCCCUGCUGCCCACAAAUCUAUAGUGUCCUUUAAGCAGCUCAGGGAUGACGUGUUUGGAGAGCUAACCAACGUAGAGCAGGUGGCAGGAAUAAAGUGGGCCCGCUUUCCUGAGCUCAAUCGAAUCCUAAAAGGCCAUCGGAAGGGGGAGCUAACAGUAUUCACAGGUCCCACUGGCAGUGGGAAGACCACCUUCAUCAGUGAGUAUGCUCUUGACCUGUGUAUGCAGGGAGUGAACACACUGUGGGGCAGCUUUGAGAUCAAGAACGUACGUUUGGCCAAAAUCAUCCUGACCCAGUUCGCUAUGCAGAGACUGGAGGAAAACUUGGAGCAGUACGACUACUGGGCUGACAAGUUCGAGGAGCUUCCACUCUACUUUAUGACCUUCCAUGGACAACAGAAUGUUAAGACCGUGCUUGACACCAUGCAGCAUGCUGUUUACCUCUAUGACAUCAGUCACGUGAUCAUCGACAACCUGCAGUUUAUGAUGGGGCAGGAGAACCUGUCUGUGGACAAGUUUGCAGUACAGGACAGCAUUAUUGGAACUUUUAGAAAAUUUGCAACAAACAGUAGCUGUCAUGUGAGCCUGAUCAUCCAUCCUAGAAAAGAAGAAGAUGACAAAGAACUUCAGACAGCAUCCAUUUUUGGCACAGCUAAGGCCAGUCAGGAGGCCGACAAUGUACUGAUCCUUCAGGAGAAAAAGCUUGUUACCUGUCCCGGACGCAGAUCUCUGCAGGUGGCCAAGAACCGCUUCGAUGGGGAUGUGGGGAUUUUCCCUCUGGAGUUCAACAAGUCUUCACUUACUUUCUCAGCCCCAGUGAAGAGCAAGCAAAAACUGCGCAAGGUCAAAGGGGAGAAGACUGAGAAUUCAGAGACUGAAGUCAAGGAGAAAAAUGAGAAAGUCUCAAAGUCUGCAAAAGAACCUAAAACCCCAAAGACACUGAAGGACCCAUCAACCAGAAAGAAUGAAAUGAAUGGAGAAGGAAGAAGCAAUACUAAAGAUGAUGGUUGAAUGUUCAGAAAAAGUGAUGGUUGCAACACAACUGAGCUCAGACAAAAAUGUCAGGUGUUACUACAGGACAUCUGGUAAAUGCUCACAUUUUUUGCUAUUAAAUUAGUAAACAGUGAAUUGUAAUGGCUCAAAAUGGAAAUUUAGAAAGGAAUUUGGAUCUAUUGAAUCAGAUAAUAAUCUGCCAUUAAUAGAUUGAUGUUCAUCAGGAACUGGAAGCAGAAGGCUGUUGCUGAUUUGAUGUUGAAAUAUUAAAGCACACCAGGUUUUAAAAACAGUAUGUAACCCUGAUCACUGAGGAGUAUGUGCCUAAGGACAGAGGCCAUGACUUUUUUGCAUUCCUCUUGCAGUAUCCUCAGCAUAAAUGAACCUUCGCUGUUAAGGAUAAGCAUUCAAGUCCAUUAUGAUCUCAGUAUCGGAGAUAUGAGUAUUGACUGAUGCCGGAGUUGAUACUGACAUCCUACAUGAGACUUUGCAAGACACAGAUGUGAUGUUGACAUGCAUUAAUAUAAGCUGUGUCCAGAAAAGUACAAUAUAAAAAUUGUCAGUGAUUCAGGUUGAAAAUCCGAUCCGAUACCUAUCCAAAUUUCAGACCUGUAUCAGCCACAAUACUUAACAUUAAAUCAAAACAUUCACUAAUUCACCUUUUUUUUGUUAAAUGCAUCCAGUUAUAGCUGCAAGUAAAAUUGAAGCACGAUGGUUUUAUAUGAACUGUAAUAAGUGAAGUUUUGAUAUGUUAUAUAUAGUUUAUUUACUAUAUAAAAAAGUAAUAAACUAAUUAGAAGUA